AUGGCUGACAACGCCGACUUUAUGAUCAAGCCAGACAACUCUGGCCAGAGUCUGCGCUUCUCUGAAUGGCCACUACUUCUAAAGGACUAUGACAAGCUUCUUGUGCGCAGCAGUCACUUCACUCCGAUUCCCCACGGUUGCUCGCCGCUCAAGCGCGAUAUUGCAUCGUAUGUGAGUAGCGGCGUCAUCAACCUGGACAAACCUUCGAACCCGUCUUCGCACGAAGUUGUUGCUUGGAUGCGCCGCAUUCUACGUGUCGAGAAGACUGGUCACUCGGGUACUCUGGACCCGAAGGUAACGGGCUGUCUGAUCGUCUGCAUUGACCGGGCAACUCGUCUGGUCAAGUCGCAACAGGGCGCUGGUAAGGAGUAUGUGGCUGUGCUGCGCCUGCAUGACAAGCUGGAGGACCCUAGCAAGCUCCCACGCGUUCUCGAGACGCUCACUGGUGCUCUCUUCCAGCGCCCCCCGCUGAUUUCGGCUGUGAAGCGUCAGCUGCGUAUCCGCACAAUUUACGAAUCCAAGCUCAUUGAAUUUGACAAUGACCGACAUCUCGCUGUCUUCUGGGUAAGCUGUGAAGCUGGUACAUACAUCCGUACGCUGUGCGUGCAUUUGGGUCUUCUGCUAGGCGUUGGCGGUCACAUGCAGGAGCUUCGUCGUGUUCGCAGCGGUGCUAUGAGCGAAAACGAUGACAUCGUGACCAUGCAUGAUGUGCUUGAUGCCCAAUGGCUCUAUGACAACCAGCGUGACGAGUCGUACCUUCGUCAGGUCAUUCGUCCUCUGGAAAGCCUCCUUGUGGGCUACAAGCGUAUUGUUGUCAAGGAUAGUGCGGUGAAUGCUGUCUGCUACGGUGCCAAAUUGAUGAUCCCAGGUCUUUUGCGCUUUGAGUCGAACAUUGAGCUGAAUGAUGAGGUUGUCCUUAUCACCACCAAGGGUGAGGCCAUUGCGAUUGGCAUUGCCCAGAUGACCACGGUGGACCUGUCGACCUGCGACCACGGCAUUGUGGCGAAAGUCAAGCGCUGCAUCAUGGAGCGUGACACGUACCCGCGCCGCUGGGGUCUUGGUCCCAAGGCACUGGAGAAAAAGAAACUGGUGAAGGAAGGCAAGCUCGAUAAGCAUGGCCACGAGAUUGAGGGUGUGACGCCCGAAAAAUGGUCGAAGGAAUAUGUUGACUACUCCAAGUCAGAGGCGGAGGCUGGCGCGGAUACAUCCAUGGCGGACGUGUCUAUGGCCGCUACAGAGACUGCCAACGAGGACGAGGAUGUCGAUGAGGAUGAUGACGACGAGGAUGAAGAGGGUCCCAAGGAGUCCCAGAAGAAGCGCAAGGCUGAGGGCGACGACCACAGCGCCGAAGACGAGGAAGAACGCAAGCGCCGUAAAAAGGAGAAGAAGGAAGCGAAGAAGGCGAAGGAAGCGGCUGCGGAGGCGGGCGAGAAGAAAGAGAAGAAGGAAAAGAAGGAGAAGAAGGAGAAGAAGAAGAAGAGCGAGUAG